GGAGCUGCCGUUCAGGUCCCCUGACUCGCCUGCUGAGCUGCUGAGGGCUAUGGCUUGAUGCAACUGCACUGGGGGCUGCACAGGAGUUAGUUUCCUGUGGACAGAGGACGAAGCUGGAGAAAAGUCUUCCGUAGAGUUUCUGAAAAGUCUAGCUUCUGGGAUUCCUGGACCGAGGGUACUGUGUGCACCCCCAGAGCACAUUAGGUUCUCCAGCGCAGACCCAAGAUGGGACCGGGACAGGCAGGGGGCGCGCUCCUGCUGCGGCUGCUAAUGCUAGCUCAAGGUAUUUUGAGUUGUGUGGCAUACAAUGUUGGCCUCCCAGGAGCGAGAAUAUUUUCCGGGUCUUCAAGUGAACAGUUUGGGUAUUCAGUGCAGCAGCUUACGAACCCACAAGGCAACUGGCUACUGGUUGGUUCGCCAUGGAGUGGCUUCCCUGAGAACCGAAUGGGAGACGUGUACAAGUGCCCUGUGGACCUACCCGCUGCCACCUGUGAAAAGCUGAAUCUGCAAAAUUCAGCAAGCAUCUCAAAUGUGACCGAAAUAAAGACCAACAUGAGCCUGGGUUUGACCCUCACCAGGAAUCCGGGGACCGGCGGCUUUCUAACCUGUGGUCCUCUCUGGGCACAUCAGUGUGGAAAUCAAUAUUAUGCAACUGGGAUUUGUUCUGAAGUUAGUCCAGACUUUCAGUCCUUGACCAGCUUUUCACCUGCAGUUCAGGCUUGCCCUUCCCUUGUAGAUGUUGUAGUUGUAUGUGAUGAAUCAAACAGUAUUUAUCCCUGGGAAGCAGUAAAGAAUUUUUUGGUAAAGUUUGUGCAAGGCCUGGAUAUAGGACCUAAAAAGACACAGGUGGCGUUAAUUCAGUAUGCCAAUGACGCAAGAGUUAUAUUUAACUUGAACACUUUCAAAAACAAAGAGGAUAUGGUUCAAGCCACAUCUAAGACACAACAAAAUGGUGGGGACCUCACAAACACCUUCAGAGCUAUCAAAUUUGCAAGAGACAGUGCUUAUUUACCGAAGUCUGGUGGGCGCCCAGGUGCUACAAAAGUCAUGGUAGUUGUGACUGAUGGUGAAUCCCAUGAUGGGUCGAAGCUGAAAACUGUGAUCCAGGAGUGCAAUGAUGAUGAGAUACUGAGGUUUGGCAUCGCAGUUCUUGGGUAUUUAAACAGAAAUGCUCUUGAUACUAAAAAUUUAAUCAAAGAAAUUAAAGCAAUUGCUAGUACUCCAACAGAGAGAUAUUUUUUCAAUGUGGCUGAUGAAGCAGCUCUUCUGGAGAAAGCUGGCACCCUAGGGGAGCACAUAUUCAGCAUUGAAGGCACUGUUCAAGGAGGAGACAACUUCCAGAUGGAAAUGGCACAAGUCGGAUUCAGUGCAGAUUACUCGCCUCAAAAUGAUAUUCUGACGCUAGGCGCCGUGGGGGCUUUUGACUGGAGUGGAGCUAUUGUCCAGGGGACAUCUAACGAGCACGUGAUCUUUCCUAAACAAGCCUUUGACCAGGUUCUGCAGGAUAGAAAUCACAGUUCAUUUUUAGGUUACUCUGUGGCUGCGAUUUCUACGGAAAAUGGUGUCCACUUUGUUGCCGGUGCUCCUCGAGCAAAUUAUACUGGCCAGAUAGUGCUGUACAGUGUUGACAAGCAUGGCAAUGUGACUGUGAUUCAGUCACACAGAGGGGACCAGAUUGGAUCCUAUUUUGGCAGUGUGCUGUGUUCAGUUGAUGUGGAUAAAGACACAAUUACAGAUGUGCUCUUGGUAGGUGCUCCCACAUACAUGAAUGACCUCAAGAAAGAAGAGGGAAAAGUCUACCUGUUCACAAUCACAAAGGGCAUCUUGAAUCAGCACCAGUUUCUUGAAGGGCCUGAAGGCACUGGAAAUGCUCAGUUUGGUUCAGCCAUUGCAGCCCUUUCAGACAUCAACAUGGAUGGCUUUAAUGAUGUGAUUGUUGGUUCACCUGUAGAGAAUGAGAAUUCUGGAGCUGUGUACAUUUACAAUGGUCACCAGGGUACCAUUCGCACCAAGUACUCCCAGAAAAUCCUUGGAUCCGAUGGAGCCUUUAGAAGCCAUCUCCAGUUCUUUGGAAGGUCCCUGGAUGGCUAUGGAGAUUUAAAUGGGGAUUCCAUCACUGAUGUAUCCAUUGGUGCUUUGGGGCAAGUGGUUCAACUCUGGUCACAAAGCAUUGCUGAUGUGUCUAUAGAAGCUUCGUUCACUCCAGACAAAAUCACUUUGCUCAACAAGGAAGCUAAGAUAACCCUAAAGCUCUGCUUCAGAGCAAAGUUUAGACCUACUGGGCAAAACAAUCAAGUAGCCAUCCUGUUUAACAUGACACUUGAUGCAGAUGGAUAUUCAUCCAGGGUAACCUCCAGAGGGAUAUUUAGAGAAAAUAGUGAGCGAUUCUUGCAGAAGAAUAUGGUUGUAAAUGAAGCGCAGAAGUGUUCUGAGUUCCACAUUAGCAUACAGAAGCCCUCUGAUGUUGUCAACCCUUUGGAUCUGCGUGUGGACAUCAGUUUGGAAAACCCAGGCACUAGCCCUGCCCUUGAAGCCUAUUCUGAAACUGUCAAAGUCUUCAGUAUCCCUUUCUAUAAGGAGUGUGGCAGCGAUGGAAUUUGCAUCUCUGAUCUGAUCCUGGAUGUCCAACAGCUGCCAGCCAUUCAAAAUCCACCCUUUAUUGUCAGUAACCAAAACAAGAGGUUAACAUUUUCAGUCAUGCUGAGAAACAGAGGGGAAAGCGCAUACAACACUGUGGUCCUGGCUGAGUUUUCUGAGAACUUGUUUUUUGCUUCUUUCUCCAUGCCGGUCGAUGGAACAGAAGUAACCUGUCAGGUUGGUUCAUCGCAGAAAUCUGUUACGUGUGAUGUGGGAUACCCUGCCUUAAAGAGUGAACAGCAGGUGACUUUUACCAUUAACUUCGACUUUAAUCUUCAAAACCUCCAAAAUCAGGCAACCAUCAAUUUCCGAGCCUUCAGUGAGAGCCAAGAAACAAACAAAGUGGACAAUUCAGUCAGCCUCACGAUUCCUCUCCUAUAUGAUGCUGAACUUCACUUAACCAGAUCCACCAACAUCAACUUUCAUGAGAUCUCUUCGGAUGACAGUGCUCCUUCUGUCAUCACCAGUGUUGAAGAUAUUGGUCCUAAAUUCAUCUUCUCCCUCAAGGUAACAGCCGGAAGUGCUCCAGUGAGCAUGGCAUUGGUAACCAUCCACAUUCCUCAGUACACCAAGGAAAAGAAUCCACUCCUAUAUCUGACCGGGAUACAAACAGACCAGGCUGGUGACAUCAGCUGCGCAGCAGAAAUCAAUCCACUAAAGCUACCACACACCACCUCUCCUGUAUCUUUCAAGAGUGAAAACUUCCGGCAUACGAAAGAAUUGGACUGCAGAACCACUUCCUGUAGUAACAUCACCUGCUGGCUGAAAGACCUUCACAUGAAAACAGAGUACUUUAUCAAUGUGACUACCAGAGUCUGGAACAGGACCUUUGCUGUUUCAACUUUCCAGACUGUGCAGGUGACAGCAGCAGCAGAGAUCGACACACAUAACCCUCAGCUCUUCGUGAUUGAGGAAAAUGCUGUCACGAUUCCCCUCAUGAUAAUGAAACCCAUGGAGAAAGCAGAAGUACCGACAGGGGUUAUCAUAGGAAGCGUAAUUGCUGGAAUCCUUUUGCUGUUGGCUGUGGUUGCAGGCUUGUGGAAGCUCGGCUUCUUCAAAAGACAAUACAAGAAAAUGGGCCAAAAUCCAGAUGAAACGGAUGAGACCACAGAACUCAACAGCUAAAGCAUCGGUGAACACCACUGUGUGGGGGCUAUCGGCAUCCCUGAGAGGGUUCGCUGGUGUGGUGAAUGGACUUCUUUUAAAGUCCACCUUUAAAUAAUUUAAUAGGUAAACUAGCCUGGUCAGUUGGGCGAUGACAAAAUUGUGGGUGGUGUGCUUAGGGGUAGAAAGACCAAAGACGUCAUCUAGGAAGGGAAAAAGUUAUCUUCAGACUGGCUAGUCCGAUGCUUGCCUUCCACCAGGAAGAUGGGAUGCUUCUAGGCAUGACAAACCAUCAAGAAAAUGGAAAUGUUUUUCAGAUUUGGGGGUGGGAAAGUGCAUGGGGAAUGCUCUUUUUAAUUUGAUUAACAGUAACAAUAAAAGUGGAAAGUACCUGGUGUGUAUAUUACACAUAAUAUAUAUGUUAUAUAUUAUCAAUAUAGCAUAUAUAUUAAACCUAUAUACUUGACAUAAAUCAUAUAAUAGAUUAUAUGUUUAUAUGUAUGUAUAUGUAUAAAUAUACUGAGUACUUUCUGUAGACAUAUAACUAUAUUAAUAUUAUAAUGAAAAUGAAUGUUUGUUGACAAGAGAGACAACCAGCAUAGAUUAUUUUUCAAUUUAUGCUGCUCCUCAAAGGAUGCCACUGAGGAUAUUUUUGAGUGGUAAUCUUAUUUAUUAACUAAAUUAAAAAAUAAUGUCCUGCUAUUGCAGGACAGUAAUCUCAGCUACUACUCAGGAAGCUGAGACAGAACUUGGAGUCUGAGAUCUCCCUGAGCUAUAAGAGUGAGUUCAAGGCUAUUCUGGACAACUUAAGGAGACCCUGUCUAAAAGCAAAAACAGAAAUGACAGCUGGGAUUUAGCUUAAUGGUAGAGUAAUUGUUUAGCAGCAUCUUUUAAUAAGUGAAGUAGAUAAAAAGCAUGAUUUCUUUCAGCCCUUUUUCUGCCUCUUGAGUCCUAUCUACUAUGAACAUGCUUGAACUGCUUGAGUUACCAAGAGAAACAUAUAUAUAUACACACACACAUAUAUAUACAUAUAUAUAUAUAUAUAUACACAUGUGUAUAAAUAUAUGUAUGUAUAUAUAUAGAUAUAUAUAGAUAUGCAUAGAUAUAGAUACAUGUUUGCAGAUAAAUAUACUACCUACUAAAAGAAACCUCCACAGACAUUAAGUUGGGGUAGGUUUAAAAACCAAGGCACCAAAAUUUACUUGCAACCUAUAACAGAUGUAUAGUGUAACUGUCUACUAGGGCCCUCCUGGCUGAAGGAAAGGGAGGGGCUUUCUUUUCUUUUAGGAAUCACAAGAGUUCUCUUUUUAAUUGAUUAGCUGUCUGGGAGAGACCUAGUAUAUUUGCCAGAGAUAAGCAAUUUCUUUUGCAAGCUGCCUCGUUAACCACUCCCCUUUCCUGCUGCCUCUAUGACAGAAGUCCCCUGCCUUUCUCCCCAGCAGUUAAUCCACUUUCAUUUAUGCACCAUCCACUUCUUCUACAGCAUCCCAUCCCCCACCCCCCACACUAGCCCAAGCGUUGGGCUGAGAAUGUCCUCUGUUUAGUUCACAUACCUGUGUGAUUAUAGACUCCUUAACUUUAGGGAGCUAGUUUCAUUUGCUGCUAAACAAGUAAUUAAACUACACCUGAAUUUGUAGCUGUUACCUUUAUAAAAAAAAAUAAUAAUAAGUAAAUGGAAAGGUUCCAGGAUUUGUAAGCUGGAGCAGCAGCAGAAAUCACUAACUUAGCAGGAGCAUCCUUUGUGCUUGAUAACUCUUGAAACUCUAGGCUGACAGAAAGCCCAACAGCCUGCAUUUUGACAAGCUCUCAGUCCUUGUGAUGUAAACAGGCCUCACUCCAGGGAGGAGUGGUCCUUUACUACCAUUUGCUCAUUUCAUAUAAAGACUAUAUGUUCUCUAGAAGAGAGUGGGAAGAGGAGAGUUCAGGAACAGCUGUAAAGCUCACUUUGUCACACACUAUAUGCAAAAAGCUUUGGCCUAGUCUCUAACCUCUAGGAACUUCAUUGUUCUCCUUAUAAAAGAGGAAGUCAGGCUUAGGGCUAGGCAGUGACUCAAUCUUAAAAGCCACCCUUAAGGAUUUCCUGCUCUAUAGCCUCCAAGGACAAGACCUAGAGAUGGCAGAGGAAAAACAACUCACCCAUGUGUGGAUGGAUGGCCCUGAUUGCUGUCGUGCCAGGCCCCUUGGUGGCAGUCCAGAGCUACUUGGACCACUUAAUGGCUCACUUCAGCCUUGGUAAAGCCAAAUAAACAAGGGAAAAGUAUUAGCUGUAAAUGUCAUGGAGGUAAAGCAAAAACAGUUUGAUCUAGAUUCUUUUAACAGCUGUCUCAUUCUAACCAAAAUUUUAAAGGGUGCAGAAACUAGUCAUUAGGUUGCUAGAGAAUAUCUCACACAACAUGUUAAUUUAUUGCACACUCGUGUAUGUGUGUAUGUGUGUUAGCCUAUGUUACAACUAAGACACAGUCCUGUAAGUCAUUUCUCACCCCACCCACUGGGUUUUUGAGCUUAGCAGUACUAUCAUUUUAAAGCAGAUAGUUUUAGGAGGGAAGGGGCUACCUCAUGCCUUACAAGUUUUUAAGCAGCCAUCCCUGGCCUCUACUGACUCCUUCUCCCAUGAUCUUGACAAUAACAAAUGUCCCCAGGUUUUACUAAAUGACUCCUGUAUUUUUCAAGGAAUUUUAAGCAAAGAUGGAUGCUCCUAAGAAAUUAUUGGGGGGAGGGGGGCAGGUAGGAGGAAAUGAUGUGGUCCAUUCAACCAUACCUUUGCUUUAAGUGAACUGUAGGACUCAAAGGUAUCAGGGUAAAAUAUACAUUUCAUAAAUGGUAGAUCACAAAAUGUGAUCUUAAAAACCUGAGUUACUUCUUGUAUGGCCACCACACAACUCUAUAAACAGCAGCAGUGACCUAGUGUAAUAAAGAAAUGUGACUCACUUAAAACUACACACCACUCAUAGUAGCAGCAAACUAUGACCACCUAACUGGACAGAUGCUUUUUUAGUUAGCAGUGUUAUUCUUAUACAACCGUGAAGCUUGCUUUUUUAACUGUGAAGAAUAAAGACAACUAAGGCCAAUUUACAAUAGUCACCUAAGUGAUUAUUCUAAACAUAAAGUAUGAUGUUAUACCAUAUCUAUCAUACUGAUACAUAGCUGAACCUGACAUGUGAAAAUCUCAUUAAGAUUUCAUUGAACAGAGGCAGGAUUCUCAGCUGAGCUCCCUCACCUAUCUCCUUACACAAAGAGAACAAUUCUACACACAGUCUCCUAGGGCACGCCCUUCAUGUACUUUCAGGAACCUCAGCAGCAGCAGCAGCAGGAAAGAGUAAACACCCAGAGGCAAAGGAUAAACAUGGGGUUAAGUCGGAAGUACAAUAUUUACUACUUUGAAUUUUAAAGUAUAAAGACAUAGGCAUUGUGUAAAUAUAUAGAUUGUAUUGUUUGUACUUGAUUUUGGCAAUCGAAGCUGAGAUGUACAUGUAUAUAUUGCACAGCUGUAUUAGAGCUGUCUUUUGUUAAAAGAGGAAACUGUCCUAUUACUCAUGUGAAGAGUAAUCUUGGUAAGAUGUAAUGUUCACUGGUUUUAAUUAAAUGUGUUUUGUCAUUUUUCUCUCCACCAAAAGUAUAUAAGUUGAAUGUAUUUGUUUGUACAACAACUUGGCGAAUUUAUUUGACUUCUUAAAAACAAUAAAAUUGUAGUAACUGAUGUAAAGAAAGGUACAAGAAUCAGACAGAAACAUUUUAUUUAACUGUAAAUCAUCCCUUUCAUACCCUGUUGUUCAAUAUCAUUAAAAUUGUUUUGACAGUAA